GAAACUUAAAACGAAGAAAAGUCGAGAGAGCGAGAACGCAAAAGAUGGCUACGACUCCGAAGCUGACCACUACACUUUCAUCUUCUCCAUCUCUUCAAACCCUCUGCAGAAAACUCCCAAUCUCAACCCAUCUACCAUCAUCUUCAUCAUCAUCAUCUAUCUCUCGUUAUCUCUCGUCUCUCCGUCCCCGUCUCACCUUACUCUCAAACCACCGCUACAAUCCCUCUCGCCGCUUCUCUCUCCGUGCCCAAAACGACAACGGAACAGACUCUGACCUUCGCUACGACUUCGCCCUCUUCACUAUCGGCGCCGGAAGCGGCGGCGUCCGUGCCUCCCGCUUCGCCACGAGCUUCGGAGCAUCUGCCGCCGUCUGCGAGCUCCCUUUCUCCACCAUCUCUUCCGAUACAGCCGGAGGCGUCGGAGGAACGUGUGUACUAAGAGGAUGUGUGCCAAAGAAGUUACUAGUGUAUGCAUCCAAAUACACUCACGAGUUUGAAGACAGUCACGGCUUUGGUUGGAAGUAUGACACCGACCCUUCUCAUGACUGGAGGACAUUGAUUGCCAACAAGAACGCUGAGUUGCAGCUUCUGACUGGUAUCUAUAAGAAUAUACUCAACAAUGCUAAUGUCAAGUUGAUCGAAGGCCGUGGAAAGGUUAUAGACCCACACACUGUUGAUGUAGAUGGGAGAAUCUAUACUACUAGAAACAUUCUGAUUGCAGUUGGUGGACGUCCCUUCAUUCCUGACAUUCCAGGAAGAGAGUUUGCUAUUGAUUCAGAUGCCGCGCUUGAUUUGCCCUCCAUGCCCAAGAAGAUUGCCAUCGUUGGUGGUGGCUACAUAGCCCUGGAGUUUGCGGGAAUCUUUAAUGGUCUUAACAGUGAAGUUCAUGUGUUUAUUAGGCAAAAGAAGGUGCUAAGGGGAUUUGAUGAAGACGUUAGGGAUUUUGUUGGAGAGCAGAUGUCUUUGAGAGGCAUUGAGUUCCACACAGAGGAGUCCCCUGAAGCCAUCAUGAAAUCUGGAGAUGGCUCUUUGUCUCUGAAGACUAGCAAGGGAACUGUUGAUGGGUUUUCACAUGUUAUGUUUGCAACUGGUCGCAAGCCCAAUACAAAGAACUUAGGAUUGGAAAAUGUUGGAGUAAAACUGGCGAAAAAUGGAGCAAUAGAGGUUGAUGAAUAUUCACGGACAUCUGUUCCUUCGAUAUGGGCUGUUGGGGAUGUUACUGACCGGAUUAACUUGACUCCGGUCGCCUUGAUGGAGGGAGGUGCAUUGGCUAAAACUUUGUUCCAAAACGAACCAACAAAGCCUGAUCAUAGAGCUGUUCCCUGCGCUGUCUUCUCUCAACCACCUAUUGGAACAGUUGGUCUAACUGAAGAGCAGGCCAGAGAACAAUAUGGGGACAUAGAUGUUUUCACAUCAAAUUUUAAGCCAUUGAAGGCUACGCUUUCAGGACUUCCAGACCGGGUGUUUAUGAAACUCAUUGUCUGUGCAAACACCGAUAAAGUUCUCGGUGUUCACAUGUGUGGAGAUGAUUCACCAGAAAUAAUCCAGGGAUUUGGGGUUGCUGUAAAAGCUGGCCUAACUAAGGCUGACUUUGACGCAACAGUGGGUGUUCACCCCACAGCGGCUGAGGAGUUUGUCACAAUGAGGACUCCAACCAGGAAAAUUCGCAAAGGCUCCUCUGAGGGGAAAGGCAAGUCCUGAGGCUAAAACAGCUGCAGGGGUCUAGAGAAGGUUGCAAAAUAAGAUUGGAUUUUUACACCAUUGGAGCUUCCUGACAAGGAGAGCAUCCAUCAAGAGCCAACGUUUUUAUCAAUGGAGAUGUCAUAAGGCUCAUAACCAUGGUGCAAAACUGUUUGAUCGUGUAACUUACUCGACCUGUCGACCAGAUUCUCAGGAGAGCUUAUAUUGACCAGAGCUCUAAAACUGAGCUCUCCCAAUAUCUCACUAUCCUAGUUGAAUAAAGAUACGAUUGUAAUCAUUCCCUGGAGUAGUAUAAUUAAAUCCUCAUUUCAACAUCUACUUGAAAUUAUUAUCCAUUUAUCUUCAUUUUAUACUCGUAACUCGUUAUCUUCAUUUUAUA